AUGUGUCCUCUCAGAUUCAUUCUCGUAUUCUUGUCCGCAACCCUCGCCGGUUUCUUCGUCCUCCGAAACCUCAGAUCUCAGCCUCCAACCACCGACGACGACGGCGACGCGGUUGUUGUGCCUUCCAACCCCAAAAUCUCUGACGAUUCCGACCCUUCCUCCAAUUGCACUUCCAAGGUUCGCGCUCUGGUAGAGUCUGGGUUCUGGACCUUCGUGGAUAUGGCUAGUGGGCGGUAUCUGUGGAGGCAUUUGAUCUCUAACACUUCCAAGAGAUCGUAA